UGGAGCUACUCCCCUGGGUCCAACCUGUAUUCACUCUGCAGUAUUCUUGAUAAUAUUCCUCAAGAACCAAACAACUGGUUGCUAAGCACACUCAUUGAUAUUCAAAGAAUCCAAAGAGUGCAAGUCACCAUUUUUUAUACGAUUGACCCCCCUUGUUCUAUCAAACCAAACGCCAAGUUUUGCAACGACUCCUUUGAUGUAUUUGUAUGGGAAUCUGAUAUAAAGGUCACAGCAGACAAAAUACCGAAUCCUAUAAAUAGCAACAGUUCUUACAGGAAACUUGUCACCAUCAGCGGGCCUACCGGUAGUCAAAGGACGUUACUAACAAUUCCACUGCAAGCUAAAAAGCAAUAUAUCGUUUUGGGGUUUCAUGAUCAAGUCGGCUGCGAAGUUUUGUAUUCCGUCAAGGUCACCUACAACGUAUGUCCUGCAACGACGCUCCAGGAUAAUUUGGUUUAUUUACCGGAAACUACAGCUCCAUCGAGACUCUUAGAGUCCAUCCCAGUGGAAGGAAUGUGUACUGCAGACUCCUCCCAUAUUCAGGGCAGUUUGAAUGUUUGGUGUGAAAGCAGCGGUCAGUGGAAUGCCAGUCAGUUUGAAGGGAAAUGCGUCUGUAAUGAAGACAUGGAAAAUGUUGGAGGGACAUGUUCAGGUACUGUUACUCAGUAUUCCUUUACAAAUUUAUGAAACGAUAACAGCCGUGGCAUAUUGAUCGUCAGCAUCCAUAGAUAUGGAUCGAAAUUAAAUAAGAGUUACGUAUACUAUUCGAGGGCUUCAUGACCCAACAAAAGCCAACAAAAACAAACAAAAAAAUAGUAGCAACAACAACAACAAAAACUGUCAAUGUGAUUGUACCGAGAAUGUAAAUAAUAUGACCAAGCUACCCAAUCACUACCAGUAAAUUUCAGGAUUUUAAAUUUAUUGAAUAGACAUUUAUUAUUCGACCUUAUUUUAUUUUUUUCUUCUUUUCAAUUUAUUAAUAGCUUGUUCAGAAGGAACGUACAACAACGGAAAAGGACUUAAUUGCACAGGUAUGAAAAUUCAAUUGCCGUCUUUUUAUACAGCUAUUUCGAGAAAUGCUCGCUAAAAUCGCGAAGGUAUUGUGGGUAGUUUUGAGUUCACUGUUCUUUAAAGAGACUCAGUGAAAGAAUGGCACGAGAGGCCAUUGACGUAUGUUGCAAGUGCUAAAUGAAAGCAACAAAUGUAACAGGUUCGACAGCUACAGUGUCGGGAAAAGUGUAUUGAUCAUAUGACAUAAUUAUUACCUUUCGGGAUUGCCGUACACUUUUUUUCCAACAAUCUUUCUCUAAAUAGCUAUGUAUUAUUAAUAAUUCCUUAUUCAGUCAGUCCGUCAAUUUGAUAAAUGAAUAAAUCAUACACUCAGUCUCCAGUCGAUUAAUAAGUCGAUCACGCAUAGAGUCAAACAUCACUUAGAGCAUGCACCAAUAAUUGUUUUUGCUUUGUUCGUUUUUGUUGGCCAGUUGGUUUGUUUCGUUUUCUGUCGUUUUGUUUUUGUUUUUGUAUUUUUUUUUACCUUUCCAUACGGCGAAACUCGAGAGAGAGUAUGAAAUCCUAAUAAAAACCUCUAUUUCUGCCGUUCGUCAUUUUUUGAUGUGUAAAAUGAUAGAGUAUAAUCAUAAAGUUACUCACCCACAGCUGAUAUUCACUCAUUUAUCUGCUGAAUCUUCUACAUCGUCACUUUUUCUUUUUCUUUUUUUUUUUUUUUUUGCGUAGUUCUCCCUUCAAACCCUAGAAAUAUUACCGUGCCCUUUGUGAACCAGAGUUCAGCUUUGAUACGUUGGCUUCCUCCUGUUAUACCGGGUGGCCAGGUAUUUUACGAAGUUGAGUGUAAAAGAACAUGCGAACUUAAUGGCAAGGACUGUGCUGAAGAAACCUGUGAUGACAAUGCAGGGUAUGUAUUCAAGGACAAAAUCUAUUCGACUAAAGUUAUGAUACCCGAGACAACGCGUGCACUUUCGGCAUAUGUAAACUAUACUUGCAAGAUCAUUGCCAGAAACAGAGUCAGUGAGAUGGCCAAAAGAAAACACAAGAUCGAAGCAAGCAGCGCUACGAUAAGCUUUAGAACAAAAGGAUCUGGUAAGUCAUGAUGGCAUUGCCCAGAAUGUUGCGACACAUCCCCUACUUAAAUGAACUCGCAUAAGCAUUCAGCUUACUAAAAAUGGUUGUUAACAAAAAAAUUAUGGAAUAAGAAAGAAAUCUGGCCAAAAGCAGUUAGCUCACCACUUUGAAUUACGAUGAAAGAUUUAUCAGUGGCCAAUAAAGUAAAAUCUUCUUGGUUUGCCCAGAUUCUUUCUGAGGGUAUGGGUUUCCUUCUACUGGUGAGGCCAGGUUACUCUGAAUCAGAUCGAUAACUCUCUCUAGUUAAGAGAUUAAAUGGGUGAAGUUGCUAUCACGGCCAAUCCUUGGCGAGCUCUGAUCGGACGUGGUUAGACGCGGAAAGCCAAGAAAAGGGCCAAUCUUCCUACCUCUGUUUUUUCUAAACUAUAAUCGAGUAGUCAUACUACCUUACCGUACCUUUCCUUAACUUACCUAACAAGGUCUAUUGGAGAUAGUUUAUUUUUCUUUGAGGGCCACUUGCCCGUCAGUUUUUACUGUCAUGUGUUACCCUCAUUAAAUAAAGUUGUACCCUACCUUACCACAGGAUACCAAGUACCAAAGGAUUUCCAGGAUUAGAAGUUGCGUUCUCAGUGCGUCGAACGGAAUAAUUGAGUAAAUGAUGCCGUUAUUGUGAUCGCAUUAGUAAAAAGUCGGUAGUUAUUUGUUGACACAUUUGUUUUUGUACGACAGUUCCUGGUAAACCAAAAGUGUCUGUUCAACAAGCGGGAGUCAGUGUUAUCUUGUUUUCAUGGGAACUAAAAUGUAAAAAUGGCCUAAUUGAGAAAUUCAUAAUGGCUUAUUUCAUUGUGGAUGACAAUUCUGAUGAACAAAUUGUGACCACAACAAAGACAAAACUGCAGAUUGAGAAUUUAGUGCCAGGGAAAACCUAUGAAUUUCAGGUAAGCUAUGUUGUUUAGAAUGUAUUUUUUGCUUCCAAAUUCUUAUGAGGGUGCAGUAGAAUCUUGAUUUAACGGACCUCUAUACACGAAGUCUUCGGUAUAACGAACGAUUUUCUUCACCCCGGCCGGCCAAAAUUACAGUAAAAUGUAUCGAACAGAACCUCGAUUUAACGAAAUAUAUGACAACGUUCUUUAGCUAGUACAAUUGUGCUGAAACAAUUAUUUCAAAGAUCGCCUUUUUUGUUUUCAGAUAACUGCAGUAAACAACUUUGGAAUAGGACCAAACGCUGUAAAGAGGUUCAAGAUUCCAAAAGAAUCAGGUGAAUCUAUUCAAACUGGUCUGUAAAACGUUAAAUCUAAAUUACUUUGGAGUUUUAGCCCUCUUUCUGCUUGAAACAGCAGGAUGGCCUUUCCGGCUGUACUUCAGUCCAAAAUUCAUGUUGCAUCGAUUCCGCAGUUAACACAAGAUAAUCUAAGAGAUUCCGAAUUCAAACUAGACUUAUCAAAUCUACUUACGAAGAUUUGCCUUUUGGAAGUCACUAUUACGGAACAGCCUAAAACCGUCAAUUUACAGUAAUUAGACUCUCUGGAAGAAAAAAAAAACAAAACAAAACAAAACAAAACAAAAACAAAAAACUAAAAAAAAAAAGGAAACAUAUACUCCCUUAAAAACGGAAGUUGAUGAACGUUUACAAUUCUAUUUCCGCCUUUUCUUUAUACUUUUAUUCUUCUUCUUUGUAUUUCUUUGCCAUUUUAAGACCAAUUGCUUGUAGGAGUUUUAACCUAACCGGGCCUCGUUACAGUCCUCGAUUAUUUAUGGUGAUUUCACUUUUUGCAAGAACACAGUUGAAACUUAUUACUAUUAGCUACUAUUUCAAUGUUUAUAACAUAACAUAACAUAAAACUUUAUUUAUACUCGAAUUUUAGAGUAGCUAACAAGCUAAUAUCUUCGAGCUGACACUACAUGAAAAUAAUAUAGAAAUAUAUAUAUAUAUAUAUAUAUAUACAUUAAAUGCAUUAUAAGAAAUAAUAAUAAAAUAAUAUUAAUAAUAAGAAGCACAUUUAAAAGAGAAAAUAUUAUUUACAAUUCAAAAUUUUAAGUUUAAGUAUAUCAGGCAAAAAGAAUCUACAUGAAGGUGACAAUCCUGUCUUUUGGUCUUAAAGUCUGCAAAAAUCUCUUGCUUGUGGAUUAAGCUGAUCAUAUUCAUUAUAAUUAUAUGAUGUAGUAGAAGGCUUAUCAUCCAAGGCAAAGAAGGUGAUUGGUGGCGUUGCUGGAGGUGGCGGUCUGUUGUUACUUGUUCUGGUCAUCAUUAUUGUCAUCAUUCUUCGCUUUAAAAGGUAUUGUAAAUUCAAUUCUCUUUAAGUAAAGGUAAUCUCCAUAAGAUGGACACCAACUCUUAACACUUUUUGUUGAGUCUCUGUCUAUAAGACUCUGGUAAGACGGUCAGCUUCUUAGAUGGUCUCUGUGGAGUGGAGGCAAUUACGGUUACCGGUUAUUAUUACUACAUUAUUACAUUAUUAUUACAUUGUACCCGCUAUCCGUCUUCUCACUAUUAUUGCUUUAUGUCUGCAUCUAAUAAUUACAAGUGUCUGUGCUUUAUUUUUUUUAAAUUUUAGGAGAGGUGGAACUAGCGAAGAAAGAGAAAAUAUGCUCUCACGGGGGCAAGGUAUGGUGGGAAAUCAAGACACUUGCCCUGUGGGUUACUGGGUGGGUUGGUAGGUGGGUUGAUUGAUGGGUGGGUGGGUAGGUCGGUGGUUAGAUGGAUGGAUGGAUGGAUGGAUGGAUGGAUGGGUUGGUGGAUGGGUGGGUGCAAGAGCCAUUAUGGCUCAUGCUGGGUGAGUUGUUGGUUUGGUAGGUUGUUGAGUGGGUGGGUUUGUGGAUGGAUGAGUUGGUGAAUGAAUGAGGGAACGAACGAGCGAACGGAUAAAUGAAUUCAUACUUGUAAAAUACGCUAAAGCUAUCUGUUUAAUGUUAAUCUGCUUGUUUAGUAGACAUAUUAAAUUCUGCAAGCAGAAUACUGCAAUGCUGAUCGUACUACGUGAAAAUUAACUCUGCAAGACAUCAACACACGACACCGAAAGAACUCAAGACAGAGCGGGAUUGUUGGGAUUGUUGCAGUCCUUUGUGGUUAAUGUUUGUGCUUGUUUCGAUUUGUUUAUUUUUUGUUAUUAUUGUUAUAAUAAUAAUAUUAAUAAUAAUAACAAUAAUAAUAAUAAUAAUAAUAAUAAUAAUAUAUAUAUAUAUUUUUUGUUUUUCAGGAAGUACUAAGCGCGGAACGGGAGAGCUUAUCAUGGAUGGUGUAGAAGAGAGAAACGCAGACCAUGUAACAAAUCACGCUCAAUAUGUAGAAAUUAAUGACAUUCACUCUUAUGAGCUCAAACGUGACGACAUUAAGUUCGAAAGAUUGGUAGGAAGUGGCAACUUCGGUGAAGUUUUUAAAGCCACUAUUGACAACAACACGGCGGCUGUCAAAUCUCUCAAAGGUAAGAUAUAUGUCACACUGCCUUGCUUCUGUUUACACUUCACGUCCUGUUCGCUUUGGUUUCCCGAUCAAUCUGCAAACACGAAACGGCAAGUAUUCACUCUCCGUCUUUGGGUCUCUGAACAAUCUGAUCAUCAUUACAUGUUGGAAAACGAGAUCGCUGUUCACAGUUUCGGGAUUCUUAUACUCUGUUACAUACCAAACUAGUAGUGUAUAGCCUGUAUAGUUCGGUUAUUCGAACUCGCAGAAAGGAACAAAACUAAACUGAGUACAGCCUCGUUCCAAGUCGUCAUCGGCGGGAACUGAUAUCACUCACAGAGGUUAUCGCGAAACUUUGGCUCCAGGCCUCGUGCGAAGUGGCCCGGGUCUGGGGACGAGGGGGCUUCCAAGUUUUAUCCAUUUUGGUUUUCGUUUUUUGCAUUACUUGCAACUACCUUCUUCCCAGUAUCCUGUGAUACUCGUCUCAGGGAGACGGUUGGAAAGGAAGGUCAUGGCAACAACGUUGUAGUGCACCAUGUGCAGUAUUUGAAAUAAACCACCGAAGCACUGUGAUUAAAUGUUGACUGUUUUAUCAGAUUUAAUUGUCAUUUAAAGGAAGUGCCAGUGCUAAAGAUAAACAGGACAUGGUUAAGGAAUUGAAUGUGAUGAAAAGUCUGAAGCCCCACCCUCAUGUCUUGAAGCUAAUUGGCUGCUGUAGUGUCAGUGGUAAGCCAGGUCCUACAUCACUUGUGUGUUAAAAUAAUAAUGAAUUAUUUUAAUCGGUUCUUUUUUUUUGUUUGUUUUAUAAACCAAAGCUUUUGAGAUCCUCUGCAUUAAUCGUCUCGGAGCCAAGGAAUAUUGAAAGCUUCUAUUAUAUGAAAGCCUCCUCCCUUCUCAUCGUAAUUUCAAUAGCGGGACAAACAUAUACAAACUCAGAAACGCGAUUCAACUAGAUACUAAGAAAAAAAAAGCGUGGGACGUUUAAAAUUAAGAAUCUGAAGUGUUGCUUGACUUUAAUCUUUUACCCAGAGGAGUGAAAAUGUAAGAUCUUGCUUCCGCCUGUUCGUGAACAACUGCGUGCGAAAGAAAAUAGCCUAUUAUUUACGUUUUUUUUUGUUUGUUUGUUUGUUUUUAUGGCUGGCCGGCCGGAACGGAUCAAGUUAUUCACGUUUAUACUUCAUAUAUUUGUCUGUAGAUCCCCUUCUAAUUGUGUCUGAGUAUUUGCCAUAUGGUGAUUUACUUGGAUAUCUGAGGAAGAGCAGAGGUCAUUCCGACAACUACAACACAGGAGAGAAGAAACCCGCCUCUAAGCUCACAGCCAAAGAUCUCUUGUUCUUCGCAUGGACGAUAGCUGAUGGGAUGCAAUAUUUGGCCACAAUGAAGGUAAGAUGAAACGAUGUCUUUAGUAAUUUUUCUGCUUGUACAAAGUACUACUGGAUGGCAUGCAAAGUCUAUGGGGCAACUAGCUGCGAUGUUGAAAGAACGGUAAAUCAGAAUCAGUCGUUGUCAAAAGGCGAGUAAUCCUUUGAGGCUGGUACAGACUUGUAUGACUAAUAUAUAUGCACUAAAGUGGACCGAUAUAUUUUGUUUAUACAUUCCUCGUUAUUGCACAAACCUUUGCAAAAACUGAAACUGAAUCUGACUACCCGCUGCUACAAGGAACCAAACUUAUUCCUUUAUCGUUUUUCCAGUUAUAAGUAGUUUUAUACCUUGACUAGUUCACAGCAACGCGCAACUGUUCUUUUUUUGUUUAUUUAUUUAUUUAUUGGUUUUAGUUUUAAAUGCGCCCAAGUUGGUUAAAAAAUCCAUCACAAAAGUAUUAUUUCAGGCAGUGAUUCCCAAUCGAGUUUGUGUUAUUUCAUAGCAUUCAUUUCUCCUUAUUUGUUUGUUUUUUUUUUUAGGUCGUCCAUCGUGAUUUGGCUGCUCGUAACAUUCUUGUUGGCGAGAACCAAGUGUGCAAAAUUUCUGACUUUGGACUUGCGCGUGGUGUAAAGGGUGACAUUUACGUGCGGACAUCACAGGUAGCGUAUCAUACAUUUGCAGCGCAAUAAAAAAUACAUUUAUCUUCUUUUUUUGCGAUUUUGAUCGGGUUAUUCUGUGCUGUUGCUUAUCGUUUUAUUAAUGAUGGUCCACUUGUUCUUGCUUUACAAAGGCUCGUCUUCCAGUCAAGUGGAUGCCCCCAGAGUCUCUUUUUCACGGUGAAUCCAGCACAAUGAGUGACGUGUAAGUCGUCUUUCUUCAUUUCUCCCUUUUUUUUUUCCCGGUUUUCUUCAUAUCUCUUGCCUUAGGUCUUGCUUACUGACAGAAUAUAUCAUCUGUUUGCACAGUUUAUUGGAGGCAGGAGUUGCACUUUGUCGAUCAAAGAGGGGGUGAGGGUGGCUUGACGGUAGUGCGAAGUCUUUAACAAAACCCAGCUACGUUCAGGAGGGUUCCUUAAAAUUUAUCAGGGAAAAAUCGUUGAUACAUGCAACCAUAUUCUUCUAGUGAUCAAUAAAAAAAUUCGGGGCACCCAACGAGAAUAUAGUUCAAAACCAUUUAAACCUGGCAUUGAUGAAGGUAUUUUAGUAUUUAAACGGUAGACAUAGGCAUAUUUUUUAUCUCCUCAAUAAUUUUCAUCUGUUCGGAUUUCCUAGCUGAAAGUCUAGUGAUCCGAAAAUUAUAGGGAUCAAAACUUACCUUUUCGAAAAUUUCAGCCAGAAAAAAGGAUCCCGGAAAUUCUAGGUGACCUUUUUAGGGUAAACAUCCGUUAAAAAUGGGCAAUUAUACCAUUUUUUAUAUGUUCGAAAAUCCUAGGAGAGGCAGGCUAGCAAGANCUUGUUUUUUUUUUUUUUUUUUUUGACAGGUGGUCAUAUGGAAUUGUCCUAUGGGAAGUUUUUACAAUUGGUAAUAAAAAACGAUCGUUUUUUCCAUAGACUGCAAAACAGCCCGUAUGCUUGCACAUGUCAAGAACUCAAAAAGGCGGUCGAAGCGUCUGGAGAACACCCCCAAAAUUGGUUUUGCGGGAAAAAAAGACGAUGGAAUAAGAACAACAGCAACACGACGACGACUGUUUUGGAGUCUAUUUUUAAUUUGCUACAUCAGUUUCUAAAUAGAAAUGUUUAUAAUCCAUUAAAUAUCAUAAUAAUCUGAGAGUGUCUUAUUUGUCACAGGUGAUUCUCCGUACCCCGGCUUCAACUCCCAAAAAGUGACUUCUCUGAUUGAAAAAGGAUAUCGAAUGCAACGGCCUGUCCAUAUCUCUGAGGAAUUGUGCGUUAUUAUAGUCUAUUCUUUACGUUUCUUACCUAGAACUAAGUAUACAAAUCCUCAAAAGUGAGAACCUAAAGGGGUCCUUAGUCUACUUAAAUAGCAUUCGAAAUAGACAUCAUCUGACUAACAAACCUGACAGGACGGCGCAGUCAUCUCCUCUCCUACCCCCAACCCUACCACCUAACCUCUCUCCUUGAGAUUCCCUUUUACGGGUAUUAAAAUCCACUUAACAGUUAAUGCUACAUGGAAAGGAAGUCAAAACAAGUAUUUGAGAUCAAACCUGGGAAUCGACCUCUCACCUAGAAGGAGUGACUCUUACCGACUGUGUCAGUCCUUUAAUUUUAUUUUUCAGCAAGUUCAGUAUGAUCACAUUUGUCAAUAGAUAGGUUUAUUGGUGGCCUCGAUGGAUUGAUGGAUAGAUUGACAAGUGGAAGGAUAGAUAAUAUUGGGAAUGAAAGUUUUAACCACAGACAACUUCCGUCGUUUUAAGACACCCUUGGGACGGUGGGGUAUAGUACGUAAUAGCAAGUGUUAUCGGUGAAACAACAGUAAUGUAUUUUUGCUGAGCGAAUUAUCGGGUGUCCAUAUUAACAAGGUGGCCUCAUGGUGAGAGUUGACUUUAAAAGUUUAACUUAUAGAAAGGCUGGAAGUCGUAAGGUCACGUUACCAUGGUAGCCAUUGACCGUCUCGGUCAAGAAAAUAUUGUUGAGAGCCAGAAAUUUUGCUACCAUGGCAACGUGACGUCACACUUCUCCUCCUAUUACCACGCUGUUUGGUUGCUCUAUCGAUCGAAUUAUUUGUUUCUUACAAUCAGUAACUGAAAGUGCUAUAGGUGUUACGAAAAGAGGCAAAAUUUCCAUGCAUGGAAACAAAAAUGCUACAAUGUUGUCUAAUUUUCAGAUUUUCCGUUCUGACUGAAUGCUGGGCUGAGAAUCCUAAAGAGCGCCCUUCUUUCCAGUGGAUCUGUGCUGCUGUUAAGAGACUAAUGAAAGACAAAAAGGUAAAGAGAUAAGAACAUGUGAGUUAUUACCAAGCGUGAGGUCAGGAUAGCUGGUUAUUUACCUUGGGUUUUUGUUGUUUGUUUGUCUGUUUUUUUGUUGAUGUUGUUUGUUGAUGUCAUCAUUUACGUAGGGUUUUUGUGUUUGUUUGUUUGUUUUUGGUUCGGAUUUGGUUUUGUUGAUGUUGCUGUUGUUUUGUUCAUUUCUGUUUAAUUUUUCUUAUCUUGUUUUGUUUUACUGUGUGUUUUUUUUAAAUAAAUACAUAAAGCGUAAACUGCUUUGUGAUUGGGAUCGAGGAUAACAUUCUUGAAUGACCUGUUUUACUUUCUCUUGUUGCUUUUUUAAACAGGUUCACCUUAACCUUGAUGAGUAUAACGAUGAAGAUUAUGUCAAUUUUGAUAUGAUUGAUGAGAAGCUUUAA